CUAAUAAGAAGUUUUUAAUGUAAUUGGAUGUGGCCAGAGUAACCAAAAUUCUUUAUUUUUAUUGGUUGUUUAAUCUUAUUUUUAAAAAUAUAAAAUAAUAGUGCACGUGUUCAAUUUUGCAUAAAAAGUAAUGAAGGACUAUUAUACGUGUAUUUAAUUGUUUUUUCUUAAAAAUUGUAAUAUUGGAAAUGAUUAUAUGAAAUUAAACGUUCACGUCAUAGAAAAAGCAAAAUAUCAGCGUAUGAUAUAAUUCUGAACGUAACCCAAUGUUGAUGAAUGAAAGCAAGUGCUAAAAAUUAGUGAUUAACAUUUGAAUAAUUUCUACGAUAUCAAAAUAUUUAUCAUAAAUCAUUAAUUCCGCAAUAGAGCGAUUUUAUUAAUUUUUGAUUACACGUUUAUUCAACUAAUUUAAUAUCACGAAAAAAAUUAUAAAAUUUUAACAUGGAAGAAAUAAAUGAUACAGAACUACUUGACAAUAGGUUUUAUAAAGCUUCUGAAAAAUAUUGGGAUCGUAUUCCUCCUACCGUUGAUGGAAUGCUAGGUGGUUUUGGAUUUUUAUCAGAAAAGGAUAUAGAUGGUUCAUCACAUUUUCUAUUUUCAUUAUUUGAGUUAAUAAAUCCACCAUCAAGACAAAAAGCAUUGGAUUGCGGUGCUGGAAUUGGUCGUGUAACAAAAAAUUUGUUAAUAAAUCAUUUUGAAAGUGUUGAUUUGUUAGAACAGAAUCCAAAAUUCAUAGAAACUGCAAAAACAUAUCUAAGUACUUGUAUCUCAAGAGUAGACUUUCAUUGUAGUGCACUACAACAUUUUUAUCCAAAACCACAAAAGUAUGAUGUUAUUUGGUGCCAAUGGGUUUUAGGUUAUAUACGUGAUGAUGAUUUAAUAGAAUUUCUUAAAAAUUGUGUGUCAGGUUUGAAAAAAAAAGGUGUGUUAGUUGUAAAAGACAAUGUAACAAGCUCCGAUACAUUGGAGUUUGAUACAACAGAUUCUUCUGUAACAAGACCAUAUAAAGACUUAGUAGGUAUAUUUGAGAAAGCUGGAUUAAUUUGCAUAAAAAAAAAAUUGCAACGUCAUAUGCCUUCUGGUUUAUAUCCAGUUUAUAUGUUUGCUCUUAAACCAAAAAACUAAUCUGUGGACAUAUUGAAUAAUCAAUAAUAGAAUGAUGGAUAUAAAAUAAUUUUGUUCACGUUA